CAGUCAUUGCAAUUUAUCAUUGUUACUGCGAGUUUCGAUUACCGUUUUGUUAACCUUUUUUCGUGUCUUAAAAGUUGUUGAGUUGUAUUUCUAAUUUAUGUUCAAUUUCACUUCCAAUUAAUAACAUGAAACUAAAGCCGGUUGAUCGUAAUGAUGGCUCGGAAGAUGAGAGCGAGGAGGAAAUGCCAAAUGAUCAUUCCGAAUCCGAAGACUCCAAUAUGGGCGAGGAAGAGGAGCUACCGGAGGAAGAUGAGGAGGAGAUGGAGGAGGAGGAGGAGGAUCAGCAGGACGGUGACGAGGCCGAGACAGAUAAGCUCGGAGCUGAUCGGAAUCUCUAUCCCACUCCUCCGCCUGAUGAUGGGUCGAAAAUGGUGCCCCCCGAUUCUGGCAACCCCAAAUCGAUGGUCUCAAAACCAAAGGGUACGCUCAUAUCCUUAGCUCUUAUGGCCAUCGGAAAGUUGGCGAGCCGAUCGGGCUCAUCGGUUCAGGCCAUAAUGACAUACCUAAAGGACAAUGGUCAGGAGUGGAAGGAUCCGAAGAAAACCGCCCGCCUCAUCCAUCGAGCUCUAAAAUUGGCCGAAGCCAACGGCGAAGUGGUGAUGGUUAAAAGGUCCUUUAAACUCACCGAUAAGCAGAAGAGCUCCUCCAAGGCAGUGGAGAAAAUGAAGGCAAAGAAACAGAAGGAGAAGGAAAAGAAAGCCAAAGUCGAGAAAGUUCUAAAGGAGAAGGCUGAGAAGAAAGAGGCCAAGGCGAAGAUGAAGGAAAAGAAGAGUGCUAAGGAAAAAUCCAGUAAACCAACGGAGCGGAAAACAAAGCAAGCUGGAAAAAAGAAGAAGCCCGAGGAUGGAUCCAAAAAUAAUCCGCCAGCAUCCAAGGCAGCUUCAUCCGCUGCCGCGCAGGCCAUGCUGGAAACUUCACUGAUAGCGACUCCUGAAGCGGAAAAGAAACCGGCCAAAACCAAAGCCAAGAUAAAAGAGGAUGCAUCCGAGGUGGGAAAGACUAAAAAGCCGCGAAAGUCCAUUGGAACUCUGGCUCAGCCCAAGGCAGCCAGGCCGAAAGUCAAGGCGGUCAAGAAACUGGUGGCUGGAAAGGGAGCGUCCACACCGGAUCUUUCCACAAUGGAGGCCCAGGCCACGUCCACUCCACAAGGAGCUACCAAGGCGAAGCGCAAGCGCAAAGUCUAGUUAUAAUUUAUGUUUUUUCAGUACAUGUGAAACUUUGUUUAAAUAAAAUUAAUAAUAUUUUAGUUCCUAGCAA